AUGGAAGACCAACUUAUUCAACUGCGCGAAGAGAGUCACGCUUCCAAGCAGGUUCACCAGGAGCGUACAGAAAGACUGACCAAUCAGCUCAAACUUAGCAGACAGCACUACCGGGAUCUGGAACGUCGGCGGCAGCUGGAGGUGGAGGGCUAUCAGACGGACUUGGAUGAUCUGCGCAAGAAGCUCAAAGAUGUGGAGAAAAAGUUCCUGCAGAUGACAUUGGGCUGUGCAAAGGAUUCCGACUGCCGUGCGAAAUCUCUGGACAAAUUCGACCUGAGAAUCCUUGAAAAUGUUCGGCAAACGUCGACCCGAUCAAAGUUCCUGCUAAAUGACCUGAAAAAUCUCAAAGCCCUAAUGUAUACUCUGGAGGACGAGAUGCGUAAACUCUGA